AAGAACCCUGGAGCUUCCUCUCUGCCGUGUCUCGAUUUUCAUUUCCAAUCCCCAGCCCUUUCUCCAUUUCUCCCUUUAUAAUGGCGAUUUUCCCCUCUCUUCACCUUCCACCUCUCAACCCUUCCAACCCUAAUUACAAAUAUCACAAAUUCGCGAGCUAAUCCUCCACUCCAUACACUUCUAAUCUAUUCUAUCUAUCGUAAAAUUUCAACAUAUUUGCUGCCUGUGUAUCGCUUCAUCAACCGAUUAUUUCAGGUUGUUGAGGAGCUUCGAACUAUAGAUGAGUACUCAGGCAAUGAGAGGACAUACUGCAAGAGGUUAUCAUCGUAGGAAAUCAUUGGACUUGGACCUAAACAGCAUGCCACCAACUGAGAACCGAGAUCCUGGGGAGACAUCUCAAUUUGGAUUUCAGGAAGCACAAGUUAAUCAACAACAGUCUGUACAGCCUGCAAUGAUCGACAUUGAAGCCAUUGAUGACGAUGUUAUUGAAUCAUCUGCUAGAGCUUUUGCUGAAGCUAAAAAUAAAUCCAGACGGAAUGCUAGGAAGAAUAUAGUUGAUGUCGACGCAGAAGAGCGGAGCAGGGCGUCAAAUAAUAACCGGAGCAAGCGUAGGAGGGAUGUGCCGAAUCAACAAACUGUAAAUUCUGAUUUAUUAAUCAAUUUGGAAGGCAGCAACAGCUCUAUGAAAGAGAAGGCUUCUCCACCGAAGGAGCCCAAUUUCAGUUGUCCAAUAUGCAUGGGUCCGUUGGUAGAAGAAACAUCAACAAGGUGUGGUCAUAUUUUCUGCAAGGCAUGCAUCAAGACUGCAAUAGCCGUCCAGAGUAAAUGCCCAACCUGUAGGAAAAGAGUAACUGCCAAAGAACUGAUUAGAGUAUUCCUUCCUGGAACAAGCUUGGAGUGAGGCUUAUAUGUGGCUGGAUUUUGAUUUUGAAGACUUCAUUCAAAGUGUAAUGGUUGGAGUUUACUUGUAUGUAAGAAAAGCUAAUUUUUAGGUGGAAAUUUGUGGUGCAUUCUUCUGCUGAUUGAUGUGAUGGAUCUCAGGAAGCGUUAGGAGGAGGAGGAGGAGGAGGAAGUAGCAAGACCAUUUAGAUUUCCACAUUUUUUUUUUCUUUUUCUUCUGUUGUUACGUUGGUGUAAACAAACUGACAAUCAAAUCCAACCAUAAUGCAAUGAGAUUACAUAAAAUCCAUCUACAAAGUUACCUUUGUCGGUCUA